AUGAAGUUCGCCCGGGCAACAGCGCUACUCUUACUCAGCUCCACAGGAGUCUCUUCACUCACUAUACCUCAGCCCGAGUCCGAAUCAUCCGCAUUAGUCGGGAACGAUGAUGCGCCUGUCUACAGUGAAUUCUUAGAUCUCGAGAAGCGACGAGGAGGAGGUGGAGGGGGUGGGCGCAGUGGAGGAUCUUCAUCUUCAUCUUCGUCUUCAUCUUCUUCUGGGGGAUCUUCAGGGGGUCGUUCUGGUUCGUCUAGCAGCAGCUCGAGUGGAUCCAAUCGUGGCGGAAGCUCAUCCAGCUUAGGCAGUUCAGGCAGUUCAGGCAGCUCUGGUAGCUCUCGCAGUGGCUCUACCAGUUCUUCCAGCAAUCGCGGAGGGUCAAGCAGCAGCGGAUCCGGCACUCGAGCCUCUUACGGCAGUGGAAGAUAUUAUGCUGGCGGUGCGCGCACACCAUAUAGUGCUGGCGCAAGGUCUCCUCUGGGGAUCACUCCGUACCUCUUGCCAGUUGCGGCACUGGCAUUCUUCCCGGGCAUCUGGCUGUACAGUGCCUAUGCUUACCCAUACGGCCACCCAUAUUACUAUGAGAACGAACAGAACCACCGUAAUGAAUCCAUGCCGGUGGUAUGUGUGUGCGAAGAGUAUCAAGAGUGUGGUUGUGAUGACAACAACAACAGCACCUAUUACCAGUCCUUGUUCAAUGGGACGCAGCCCAAAAACACCACUGUCACGCGCGUGGUCGAUGUGAACGGCACCGAAACAAUUUAUAUCAACGGGACACUAGCUAACGGCACCACUGCUGCCGAUAGUUCCUCAUCAGGGGCUUCAGCCUCAGUGCAGACCUUGCUGCAUGCUAGUGGGUAUUGGGUCACGGCGGCCGUGGUUGCUACCGCCGUGUGGGUAUUUUAA